GGUUGGGUCCGCUGCAAAAUGAUUCCGUGUAAGACAAACCGGAAACUUGUUUAGGUCCAGGUGGCUUCUUCAACGUUUUCAUCAUAUUGUUAAGCAGCCUGUGAACGUUUAUAAGACAUGGCUGCGUCUAAUUAUUCCUUGAAGGUUAACAGGGACCUGCUGGACCCCAACUUUGACAGUUACAGGCUGUCUCUGGACGCUAUUCCUACUUACAACGUAGAACUGGACGCUGCUGUGGAAGAAGUGAAGCUGAAGGAUGCUCAGUACACCCUGGAACACAUGCGUGCGUUUGGCAUGUACAACUACCUGCACUUAGACCCUUGGUAUGAGGACACGGUGCUGUUUGUGGACUGCAAAGGAAGGGUCCUCUGUCUCACUGUCACCCUAGACACGGCUCUGGGGAAGCCCAGAGAGGUUUUUCUUACAUCUGCCGAGUCCAGCGAGUGUGAGGGUCGUCUCUGUGCGUCCCUCAGCCUCACCUCAGCAACCUGGGCCGCUCUCUGUGAUGGCACCGGACGACUCUACCUCCUCCGGACUGGCAGGAGGGGGGCUGGUACCGACACAAAGUGGGAACCACUGUUCAGUGAAGACACGGGGGAGCCGUUCAUCAUCCUCCACAGCGUGUCUCACGUCCAGGCUGGAGUCCACAGCGUAGAGGUUCUGCUGCUCCGCAUCCAGAAGGACCCGGAGGAAACCACAGGAAGCGGAUACUCGGUCUGUCUGGAGUGGAUCACAGUCGCCAACGCUGCAGCUCAUGGUCAGGAGAAAAAGUACGAGGUGAAGAAGAGGAGGCUCCUCAGAGGGAAGUCGGUGCCUCAUUAUGCGGCGGUGGCGCCUCAGGGGAAGGGGCUGAUAGUGGCCUCGGAAAAACCCUUCAUCUUCACACAUGUGGACGGUCGACCUGUGGAGCAGCCAGACCUGGAACCCAUGGAGGUGGAGAAGACAGAUCCCAUUUACUUCUGGCAGCAGACGGCGGAGGACGUCACGGUGUGUGUGCGCAUGCCCGAGGGCGUCACCAAGGAGGAGGUGCGCUUCAGGCUGACGGCCGACACCAUCAGCGUUGCAGUUCAGGGCUUCUCUCCUCUGCUGGAGGGCCAGCUGUUCACAUCUGUAGACCCUGAGGCCAGCACCUGGAUCAUCAAAGACCACAAGAGCCUGGAGGUGACCCUGCAGAAGCGCGGUGAGGGGCCCACGUGGUCGGAGCUGGUGGUGGGCGACCGGAGGGGGGAGUAUGUGCUGAGCGAAGAGCAAGCUGCCGUCAUGCAUGAAAGACUGAAGCACCUCACGUCUGAAGACCUGAAUGGAAGCCCGGAUGGGGACAAGCCCCCUUGUAACUCCCAGGAGCUGGAGGACUGUGAUGGGUUCCCAGACGACAGCUCCAGUCUCACACAUUUUGACGGAGAGUCACUCAAGCCCACUCAGGUGGUGAACCUGAGCAGCCACCAGUACCUGUUCACGGUGGUGGCGGAGCCGGCCCAGAUGCCCUGUCUCUGCCUGCGGCACGACGUGGACGCGCUGGUGUGGCAGCCUCGACCCGAGCAGCCGGGGAACCUGUGGGAGCACGUGGCCACGUUCAACGCCCUGGGCUACGUGCAGGCGUCCAAGCGGGACAGAAAGUUCGCCACCUGCGCUCCGGACUUCUCCUACGCCUCGCUGUGUGAGUGCGUGCGCCGCGCCUUCAUCUACCGGCAGCCGGCGCCGGUGGACACCGUCCUCUUCAACAGGAAGCAGGGCCGCCAGGUGGGACAGGUUGCUAAGCAACAGGUGGCCAGCCUGGACGCCGACAAGCCCAUCCUGGGCUUCAGAGCCACCAAUGAAAGACUCUACAUCCUGACCCCCACGAACCUGUUUGUUCUGAAGGUCAAUAAUAAUUAGAUUUUCAAAAGCUCUUCAUGGGUCGUUCUGAGCGGAAGAUGUGUAACGUCCUGCAGGAACGUCAGCCUGCGCCGAUUGUGUUUCACCUUUUGAGAUGAAUCAUUCAGUCAUAAUCAACGGAAUCACAUUAUUUGACCAUAUUAACAGACACGUGUGCUGAGCAGCGAGUGUAAGUCCAAUAAAUAAAGGCUUCAGAUGUG